CCUGACUUCCGGACUGUGCGUUCCACAUGCAGGAAGUGAGUUUUCAUCGACUGCUGCUGCCUCCCAGUGUCCGUGGAGAUCAGGCUCUUCCACAGAUACUGAGACAGUUCCACCGGAGGAGGAGUAUAUAGAGGAACACAGGGGUCUGUAUGAGGACGUGAUGAUGGAGAAUCACCGGCCCCUCACAUCACUGGGUAAGAGGAGACUGUCCUGUAUUGUACAGGGAAGAGCAGAUGGGCCCAGUAACAGAGAUACCCCAGAGAGAUGUCCCCGUCCUCUGUAUUCCCAGGACUGUACAGAGGAGAAUCACAGGAUCCCACAGGAGGAUCAGGUAGAACGUCUUUCUCGUAUAAAGGCAGAAGAUAUAGAGGAAGAAGAAGAAACGUAUGUGACUGAUAUUAAGGUAGAAGAUACAGAGGGAGAAGAAGAGACGUAUGUGACUUAUAUGAAGGCAGAAGAUACAGAGGGAGAAGAAGAGACAUAUGUGGCUGAUAUAAAGGCAGAAGAUAUAGAGGGAGAAGAAGAGACGUAUGUGACUGAUAUAAAGGCAGAAGAUAUAGAGGGAGAAGAAGAGACGUAUGUGACUGAUAUAAAGGCAGAAAGUAUAGAGGGAGAAGAAGAGACGUAUGUGAGGGGUGAUCAGCAGUGUAAGGAAGAGGAGAUCCCUACAGAUAUCAGCACAGCAGAUGGACACACAAGCAGGAAUAUCUCAGAAGGACAUCUAAUGUUAUCCCCGGAUUGUGACAUAAAAGAUAAUGAAAGUAGACAGGAUUCUCCAGGAGAUAAACCCAUUACCCCAAUUAUACAUCCACCUCUAUCAGCUGAUCCCUCUGAUCCUGGGAAAUGUUCUCCUGAUCACUCUGAUAUUGGAGCAUCUGUUACAGCUCUGACUGUAGAUACAGUGUUUCCGUGUUCUAUAGAUGCCAAAUGUUUUACACAGAACACAAAGCCUAUUAACCCACGCACAGGUAAGGCAGGUGAAAGGCCACUGAUAUGUUCAGAGUUUGGGAAAUGUUUUGCACACAAAUCAGAUCUUGUUACACAUCACAGAAGUCACACAGGUGAGAAGCCAUUUUCUUGCUCUGAGUGUGGGAAAAGUUUUACCUGGAAAUCCCACCUUGUUAUACAUCAGAGAAGUCACACAGGUGAGAAGCCUUUUCCAUGUUCUGAGUGUGGAAAAUGUUUUGCACACAAAUCAGGUCUUGUUAUACAUCACAGAAGUCACACAGGUGAGGAGCCAUAUCCAUGUUCUGAGUGUGGGAAAUGUUUUACCUGCAAAUCACAACUUGUUACACAUCAGCGAAGUCACACAGGUGAGAAGCCAUUUUCUUGCUCUGAGUGUGGGAAAUGUUGUGUAAGUAAAUCACAUCUUGUUAUACAUAACAGAAGUCACACAGGUGAGAAACCAUUUUCUUGUUCUGAGUGUGGGAAAUGUUUUACACGGAAAUCACAUCUUGUUACACAUCAGCAAAGUCACGCAGGUGAGAAGGCAUUUCCAUGUUCUGAGUGUGGGAAUUGUUUUGCAAACAAAUCAGAUCUUGUUAGACAUAACAGAAGUCACACAGGUGAGAAGCUGUUUUCCUGCUCUGAGUGCGGGAAAUGUUUUGUAAGUAAAUCACAUCUUGUUAUACAUCACAGAAGUCACACAGGUGAGAAGCCAUUUUCUUGCACUGAGUGUGGGAAAUGUUUUACACAAAAAUUAAAUCUUGUUAGACAUAACAAAAGUCACACAGGUGAGAAGCCAUUUACAUGCUCUGAGUGUGGGAAAUGUUUUGCUCACAAAUUACAUCUUGUUAGACAUCAGAGGAGACACACAGGUGAGAAACCAUUUUCUUGCUCUGAGUGUAGGAAAUGUUUUACACGGAAAUCACAACUUGUUACACAUCAGCAAAGUCACACAGGUGAGAAGGCAUUUCCAUGUUCUGAGUGUGGGAAAUGGUUUGCACAGAAAUCAGGUCUUGUUAAACAUCAGAGAAGUCACACAGGUGAGAGUCCAUUUCCAAACUCUGAGAAAUAAAUAAGCUCUUGCUGCACACAAUAGACAUCACUCAGGUGAGGAACCAUUUUAAUCUUCUGGAGUAUACUCAUUGCCAUGCGUUGUUCUUCAAGGUUCUUAUCCUAUCUCCUAUGCUUUUUGCAAUAUACAUGUUACCACUGGGUGAAAUAAUCAGAUGUCAUGCCCUCAUCUACCACUGCUCUGCAGAUGACCUGUCUUUUGCUCCAGGUACUGAGAACCCAGUACCAAUCCUAAAUGGUUGUCUAGCUGAGCUCCAGGUGUGGGUGAUGCCAGUUGGCUGUGACACAGUCCUGGUGAAACAGGUCCAUAUGGUAGAAGCUCACCAACAAAGGGCAGGGCUACAGCUCAGCUUUGCCUACCAACCAGACUUACGUUUGGGUGUUCAGAGUUACAAAAUGCUGAUCCUAUGCGUAAUCUUGGUGUCCUGGAUGGCGGAGUGACACUUAGACAUCACGUAUCAGCCACAAUCAGAUCCUCAUCUGAGGAACAUAGCCAGACUCCAGCACUUAUUUCCCUCAGAAGAUCUACCUACAGUCAUACAUGCACUUGUAUCAUCACACAUAGACUACUACAAGGUCCUCUACCUGGGUCUCCCAGCAAAAUAAUUGCACCGCUUGUAGCUUGUACAGAAUGCAGCAACCAGGCUAUUACCUAACCAGCCCGUUCCUGCCACAUAACACCCAUUCUCUGCUCCCUUCACCGGCUGCCUGUAAUAUGGUGACUAUUACAUAAUCUUACUGACUCUCCCAGCCCUACAUGACCAGGGUCCAUGGUACCAGAAGCAGCUUCUGCCUCCUUACUGCCCUGUUCCUUCCAUCUGCAGAUGAAGGACUGUUACCAGCAGUACCAAGAAUCCCCAAGAAGUUCUGAGAUGUCAGAGGGGCAGAGAGGGUGGUGGCAGUAGUGCUGUAGCGGGGGCUGCCGGAGGCACUGUCUGUGGGUAAUAUUGUCCCCAAGCAGCGCUAAGGUGUCAGAGGGGGAGACGAGGCAGUAGUAGGGGAGGAUAAGGAGGAUGGCAGUAGUGACAGAGGACAAGGUGGGUGGCAGUUG